UAACGCACCAACCCUUCAAUGUCCCAUCGAUCUAUUCCUCUUUCCCAUUAGCAGCAGAAAAGGCUCCUAAAUUUUCUCUCAAGGUGAGAGAAGAAAAUGUCGAUCUCGCCGAAUUCACCAUGGAGAGGAUGUGCAGCAAACUUCCCUCAACCCGUCAAUGAAGAAGACGAGCUUGCAGCUCAAUGUUUGGUAGAAACCGUUUACUUCUUUAAUUGCCAUCCAGAAGGAAAUCCCCUUCUGCCUGACAUCGUGUACAGAAGCAGCAGCGGAGAAGGAGACAUCCUCCGCCAUGUCUUUCGCUGGGAUCUUACUCCCUAUCAGGACGUCUUUCAGAAUGGAUUCCAAGCAAGGCGUCAAGAAAACACUCCUGACGAGGUCUAUUACAAUCUGGAUCGCUACGUCCAUCAUGGCGGUAGGCCUCUUGAUUCCAGACGGCCUACCACCCACGCCUUCGUUAGCACCACGCUUAACAGCGGUUGGCAUCCAAGCCUCGACAACGAGACUGAGAAUGAAGUAUAUCGAUACGAGAUAUGUGCUCCUGGUGGCAUUUGGGUUGCUGAGACUCUUGGCGAUCGUUACCAAUACCCUGCCCAAGACGAGGUCUGCUUUGUUGCCGGCAUCGCCCCUCAAUACAUUCGAUCUGCCCAACGCUUUAGGCUCAUUGCUGACGGGAGGUAUACAAGGCGGGAGAGAGUAGAUAACGUGAUAACAAUAAAUGGGAACUAUAAUCCCCAAUCGCAUCCACCAAGGUUGCUCAACAUUCGGAGGCCAAUAUUUGAUUACUGUGAUCAAAAUGGUAGGAGGGCGCCUCUAACCAUUAGAAUUCGGCGAUCCGAUGCUGCCUCCCGACGAGAGAAACGACAAGUGUCCACCGACUCUGACCCCACCGAUUGGUAUGCUGGCAGCGUGGCUAACUUUGAGAGCUACAUAGAUGCUGCUUUCCGUUCGUCUCGUACAAAUGAAGCCUAUCUAUUCAUGAAGAACGAGUAUGUGCUACUGGACUAUGCUCCAGGCACGACAGACGAUAAGGUGCUGAAUGGACCACUUCUUAUCUGCGAUGGGUAUCCAUCCCUUGCAGGCACAGCCUUUGCAGAACAUGGAAUAGACUGUGCUUUUGGGUCUUAUGAUAGCGAUGAAGCAUUCGUCUUCUCUGGGAAUCUCUGUGCACAGAUAAACUACGCACCAGGCACCACAAAUGACAAGAUAAUCAAAGGCCCAAUGACCAUCACUGCGAUGUUCCCCUUCUUCAAAGGGAAGGUGUUCGAAAGUGGUGUAGACGCCGCAUUUGAGUCAACAGCAAGAUAUGAAGCUUACCUCUUCAAAGGCAACCAAUACGCUCUUAUAAACUACGGUUCUGAUUCCCACCUCAUCGCCAUCCGUCUCAUCACUCAAGGCUUUGCUAGUUUGAAAAAUACCAUCUUUGAAAGUGGAAUUGAUGCAGCGUUUGCUUCGCACAGGACUAAAGAGGCAUACCUAUUCAAAGGAGAUUCCUACGCACUCAUCAACUUUGCUCCCGCUACCACAGAUGACUACAUCAUUGGUGGCAUAAAAAAAAUCCUUCCCAAUUGGCCCUCUUUACAUAGCAUCUUGCCUCGCAAAAAUCGUGGUCUUGACAUUCACAGUCACACUAAACCUGAUGCUGACCGUGACCACGACGAACUUUAAAGAGUCAGUCUUGCGUGCCUAUGUGUGCAUGGUAUGCUUCGAAUAAGAGUUUGGUUUGGUUUGGUAGUUUCUAGUUUAUCUUUAGUUGGAAUAAUUAAGGGUGUAGUGGGGAAUGGGGUUAUCAACUUAUAUUCUCCUCCUUGAACCACCUUAUCGUCUAGUUAGUAGCUUAGGCUAGAGGUGCUUUGGAUGAUUUUAUCUUUGGAUGAAGCCAGCAAUUUGUAACCGAGCAUCAACAAGUAUUUACUCUUGGAAAAAUAUUCAAUGAAUGUUAUGUUCCUUGUUGCCAAAACU